UCCCCGCAGCUCCCCGCUCGCAGUCGGAGGCUCGACUCUGGCGCCGAGAACAAUGAGCGGCCGCCGCCUCGCCACCUUCGCCCUGGGCUGCGUCUUCUUCGCCGGCUGCUGCGGGAAAGGAGCCAACAGCCUUGAACUCCACGUGCCAAAGGUAGUUGAGGCAGAAGUUGGAAAGGAAACCUCUAUCUCUUGCAAGUUCUUCCUCCCUGAGAACAGCACUUAUGCCUACGUCAGGUGGCUUUACAUGGAGAAAAACGAACGGAAGGAGAUCCUGUCCAAGACCCAGGUCGGGGUUGAUCACAAGGAGUCAGACAUGAAAGACCGAGUGGGCAUCAGCGAUGAUUUCGCCCUGACCAUCAGCAAGGUGACUCCGAGGGAUGCCAAGACAUACCUGUGCCAGGUGGGAGCGGGCAGUGCUGGCUUUGCAGAGAAGCAGGCGGAGCUGCGUGUCUCAAAGGCUCCAGAAACAUCAGUGGUGGUUGUGAGUGAGGGCAUCGGGGCCUCGAAGGACGAGCUUUCUCAGAUUGCAACAUGUACCAGCCAGAAUGGCUACCCAACUCCAUCCAUCACAUGGUACAAGGACCAACUCCCUCUGUACCCCAAUGGAACAGAGACAGACGUCCGCAAUGCAGUCAUCAGGGAGUCCAGUGGCCUCUUCACCGUCAGCAGCAUCCUCUUCGAACACGUCACCAAAGAGGACCGCCGUGCCUUCUACCACUGCCAAGUUGACUACAGCUUGAUGGGGGUCAACAAGACAUCCGAGACGGAGCGCUUCCAAAUCACAGUGCUUUAUCCCUCUGAGAACAUCUACUUCAUCAUCGAUGGCCCCAGCAAGGAACUGAAGGAAGGCGACGAGGUGACGCUGCGUUGCAAAGCGGACGGCUAUCCGGAGCCUGAAUACACCAUUUUCAAAGUUGAGGACCAAGUGCUGGCUGCCACCUCUGGGGAGCUGACCUUUGACCACGUCAAGAAAGAGGACAGCGGCACCUACUACUGCCGAGUGUUCGAUUUUGACAGCAUGAACGAGCUGGAGGCCAACGUCAACCUGUCUGUCAACUAUAUCGAUGUGCCCGUGAUCACCCCAGAGCACCACGAAGCCUUAAAGGAAGGAGAAGAUUUGCAGCUGACCUGUGACGCGAAAGGCUCGAAGCCGCUGGAAUUCAAGUGGAAAAGGAAGGGGAAACUGGUGAGCCGGGGAAAGAAGCUCUCCCUGCACAACGUCACCCACGAGACUUUGGGCAACUACAGCUGUGUGGUCACGAUGCCAGAGGUGACGGGGCUCGUCCAUUCCAAACACGUUUUCGUCAACGUAUACUCCAAGCCCAGCCUGACGGGGGAGAUGUACCAGGAAUACGUCCAAGUGAACGAGCUCAUCAGCCUCUCCUGCAUCGCGGUCGCGGCACCCAAGGCCACCAUUUUGUGGAGCGCACCAAAUGGAACGAGUGGACAUUCACACCGGAACGGCCACGUCAACAGCACACUUCAGAUCCGGGUCACUCCAGAACUUCUGAAAUCUGGAAUCAACUGCACAGCACAGAAUAACCUGGGCCUGGCAGAGUAUCACUUCAGUUUGCAGAAGAGACCAGACCCGACGCCUCCCUCCACCAGGAUCGAGAAAGAGGCCCAAGAGAGCAAAGGCAUCAUCAUCGUGGCUGUCGUCGUGGGGAUCCUGGUGAUCGCCGUCCUGGGGGCGGUCCUCUACUUCCUGCACAAGAAAGGGAAGCUCCCUUGCGGGCGCUCUGGGAAACAAGAGAUAACAAGGCCCGAAGCGCACAAAGACGAGAUUGUAGUUGAAGUUAAGUCAGAUAAACUUCCCGAAGAGGCGGGGCUUCUGCAGGGCGCCAACGGCGAGAAGAGAUCUGCAGGCGACCAGGGAGAGAAAUACAUCGAUCUGAGAAACUGAGGAAGAGAGACCACGCUGCGCUGUCCCCCAGUUGACUUCUCAUGUCCCUUUUACUGCCUCUUGCCCCCCUCCCCUUACAAGUAGCCAAAGUCCUUCGAGCUCAUCAGCAC